AUCUUCCUCGACAACACCAGGGCCCAAGAUAGGCCCAGCUGGACCAAGACAGGAGGCAGCCCAUCGUCCUCGCCGAGCACCCAAGCCCAACCCGCGGUUCGUCUCAGACGACUGGGUCCGCUGACGAUAAAGAAAACGGAUGGACGAGAGGAUGGUAUCGAAGAACAGAGAAGUGUGUUGGCUUCCUUCCCUGAGUUGUUGUCUGUCUCUUCCCAUCUGGCUCCGAUUCCUCUCUCUCCUUCAUGCUGAUCUAGAUCCACAAACUCCUGUAUCAAACUAUCUCUGUUGAGUGAAUCAAACGAGAGUGAAGUCGUGACAUUCUGGUAUCAGAGCGCUCGAUCUGGCACCUCGUACGCGUUCCGUUAAGCAAAUCAUGGCGGAAUUGGAACUCAAGGACCAAAUCGCUGCCCUGGUCGCCUCGGUGCGCGAGCAGAACACCAAGCUCGAUGGGAUCUCGGGCGAGAUGUCGUCCGUGAAGACCACAGUGACAUCCUUGGAGGAGAUCAAGCCGGCCCUGGUCGAUUUGGCGUUGUGGAAGCCCAAAAUCGAUCAGGUCAUGGGUGCGCUGCAAGCUGAGCUCGGAGAUCUGCGCCUCGCCUUCGACCACUUCGCCACCACGACGACGUCGGCUGCCCCAAGCUCAACACCAUCGGCCCCUCCAAGCGCGCCUCCUCUGCUGCCCGCCCCCGAGCGGCGUCCGGAGUUGCGGGGGGAUGUGGGACGUGCUCCAUCUGGUGACGGCGGGCGUCACGGGCCAGUUGGCCACCGCGUCGAAUUCACGAACCGGGGCUCAGUGAUGGGGCCUCUCCCUCACUCGACCCCGGCCAAGGGUACGUACGGUUUCCCCCAUCCCGAGUCAUCACAGCCUUUCCCUAGGGAAAAUUGGAGCAAAACUCCACGGAUGGAUUGUCCUGGUUUCGAUGGUGAAGGUCCUUUAGAGUGGAAAUUAAAGUGUGAGUCAUACUUUCGUGUGUGUCGAGUUGAUAGGGAGAUUUGGGUGGACACUGCAGUAGUCUACUUCACAGGUGAGGCCGCGUUGUGGCUCCAAUGGACUAAUACGCACCUCACUGUUGCUUCAUGGGAAAAGUUUGUUGUUAAGGUCUGUGAGAAAUUUGGGAGGCGUGAGUUCGAGCAACUGCUUCGCCAGUUCUCUCGCCUCCGUCAGACCGGAACAGUGGCUGAAUAUGCAGCCCAGUUCACAGUGGCGAUGAAUGGUCUUUUAGCUCAUCACCAGUCGUGGGAUCCGCUCUAUUUUGUUACUAAAUUUGUAGAUGGUUUACGAUCGGAUAUUCGAGUUGUAGUCAUGGUUCAACAACCUAGAGAUCUCGAUUCUGCUGUGGCUCUCGCUGCCUUGCAGGAAGAGGCGAUGGAACUGACGCGGGAACCUAUGCGCUCGGCGUAUGGUGGCCACAACUCCUUCUCCAGGACGCCGCCGCGAUCGGCGCUGCCCUUGCCACCUCCCCCAACUGGGCGCCCUCCGGGAAUGACACCGGGCUCGCGCACUGAAGAUCGCCGAGGUGCUGCGAGCGCGCAGGCACCGUCCACUGACGACAAGGUGCAGGCGUUGCGUGCCUACCGGCGCGCACGAGGCGAAUGCUACACAUGCGGCGAGCGGUAUUCUCGUGGCCAUGUGUGUGCCCCGACAGUGCAGCUUCACGUGGUGGAGGAGCUUUGGGGACUGUUUGGUUGCGAGAUGGACUCGAAUUCCUCGCAUGAAGAUAAGGGCAUUCAAGCUGACCUCUGUGUGGUGUCAGCGGCAGCACAACAAGGUGUGGAACCACCACUCACUAUCAGAAUUAAGGGUGUGGUGAAUUCUCAGGAGGUCUUGAUGCUGAUAGACUCGGGUAGCUCCCACAGCUUUAUUAGUGAAGCUACGGCAGCAAAAUGGGCAACAGUGCGUCGUUGUCGACCAAUGCAUGUCAAGGUGGCUGAUGGAGGAAUAUUGCAAUGUGACCUAGAGGUACCAGACUGUGUAUGGAAGGCUCAAGGAGCAGAGUUUGCAACCACUCUCCGGUUGUUUCCACUAGGCUGCUAUGACAUUAUCUUGGGUAUGGACUGGCUGGAAGGUAUUGGGUUGAUGAAUGUACAUUGGGGAUUGAAGCGGUUGUCGUUCCAGCAUCGUGGUCGACAAGUGCUGUUACAGGGCAUUACAGCCAACACCAGUGUAUGUCAGGAGAUAUCCAUCAGUCAGUUAGAGGUACUGGAUCAUAAGCAUGCCAUUUGCCAUCUAGUUCAGUUAAGGGAGGUGAAAGAAGUGGACCAACCAGAACAGUGCCCACCUGCUAUUCAGGCUCUCUUGUCAGAAUUCAAAGACUUGUUUGCAGAACCUCAGGGUUUACCUCCUCAACGAGACUUUGACCAUAAAAUCACAUUGCUGCCCGGCUCUCGUCCGGUGAAUUUACGACCCUAUCGAUACAAUCCGGAGCAGAAGAAUGAGAUUGAGAAGCAGAUUGCAGAGAUGUUAAAGCAAUGA